UUUGGAAGCCGGCAGUCGGCAGCGGCAACAGACGCCGUCAGUCGCGAACAGAACGCCCGCACCAGCGCACGUGUCUCCGCUCCUCGCUCUCCAUCGAUUGCAAAGUUUCGUGUGUUAUACAUGUGCAUUUUCAACUUGCAAACUUGUGUUGACGUAUGAUGUAACAAUUGUGUGAUGUCCCUCGAUAUCGGACACAAGUGACGAGCGUUACCGAUGGCAGCUCCGUCGAGAUGUUCGCAACACUAUUGAAACGCCGUGAAAAUGUGUGAAAUGUUUAAAGAGCAAACUACAGCAUCAAAGUGCCCGGACUCCUCGCGAGUGUUUAGUGAUGUUAAAAGUUAAAUAAUGUGUGAGUGAGUUCGGCCACGACGUCGGACUACUCCGACUGGGGGGCGCUGGCGACUGCGGCCAGCGAUGGUAUGGACGUUGUCCUCAAUGAGAGCCAGGGGGGGUGGAACGACACGGCGGCUGGGGGGGACGUGUCGGAUCUCUACAACUACUGGGCGUGGAGCAUCAUCGACGGCGCCCUCAUGGUCCUCAUCAUCAGCGGCAACACUCUCACGAUCCUGGCCGUCACGCUUAGUCGAAGACUAUCCUCACUCGUCUCCAACCAAUUCGUGCUCAACCUGGCCAUAUCAGACUUGAUGGUCGGGCUCACGCUUCCAUACCAUCUCGUCUUCUACCUGGAUUCCGAAGUCGGCAAAGUGAAAUGGUCGUGCUUGAUGAGGUUCAUCCUGAUAAUCCUGGCGUGUCUGGCGUCCAUAUACAACAUUAUUGCCAUAGCUGUAGACAGGUACAUAGCGAUCGUGCACCCACUGCACUACAGCCGUUACAUGACGAAGCUGGUGACGCGGGUGCUGAUGAGCGCUACCUGGUCCGUCGCUCUCUGCAUCAGCUGCAUCCCUAUGCUGUGGAAUGACUGGCACGACGGCGUCGCUUGCGAGAUGAACAUGGUGGUGCCGAAGUCGUACACGACAAGCAUUCUGGCACCGAUGUUCUCUUUGAUCUGGAUGGUGAUGUUUAUCCUGUACUGGCGCAUCUGGCGCGAGGCCACGUGCCACGCGCGCCGCAUGCGCGCCAACUCCUGUUGCCCCUCCGGCGCCAACGACUGGAAGAGUAUACAGGUGGUGCUGCUGGUACUAGGAUCAUUCUCGGUGUGCUGGAUGCCGUUCGUCGUGGUGGCAUGUGCGCAAACGCUGCCCAUUAAGCCCCUGCACAGCCCCAUUGCGUACCGGCUGACGUCAUCUCUGGCCAUGUCUAACUCCGGCAUCAACCCACUCAUUUACGCCUGGAAGAAUGCCGGCUUCCGUGCUGCGUUCGCCAAGCUUUUGCGGUGCAAGCGUCCCGACACGUCCGAGUAUAGAGGAUCUCCAGCGCCGGAGCGGAGGAAAGGAUCAGUCGCGCUCCGAGAAGGUUCCAUCACGCGAUCGAGCGCGCCGACUUCGCUGUCGGCGCUCGGCGGACGGCCGGCGAGGCUGCUGUACGUGGAGAGAGACGUGGACACGGCACGGUGUCGGAUCAUUGAGAAUGCAGGGUACAUGGACUCUGAGCAAGGCGACACCAACCCGUCGUACGCACCCGACGGCCCGACCCCCGUCCACCGACCCAACAACGGCACCCCAGACCUAGUGUAGUGUUAAAACGAACGUUCUAUAGACGUUUUGAGGGAAACGUGAAACGCUUCUAGUAUUUAAAAUUGUUAGUGACUGUAGGUACCCCUUCGCAUUUAGGUACCUCUUAAUAUCAAGGCUCAAGUUUUAAAAGCUUUAUUGUUAAAUUUUUAUUCAGAGAUUUUAAUGAGUUUCCAGCCGAUGAAGAUUUUAAUAUAAAUGGUUCCCUGUCAACUAAAUUCAGAUGUUUAAAAAUGUAAUUUAAUUAAAAUGUUCGAUGUAAUAUUAAAAUCAAUAUAUAAUUAAUG